CCCCGGCUCACAAUCAUACAUUCAUACAUCUGAUGUAGUCAGCUAGUCCCAAUAAGGCAAUGACUCAUCCCCCAUCAAUUGUCAUGAUCUAGAUAUAAAAAUCAAUUGAAAUUUUCUGUAUAUAUACCAGAAUUCGUAGGCUGGGACACACUUUCUGCAAUCAUGUUUCUAUAGUUCCCAUGGAGUUUCUGCUUCCAUCUUCCAUUUGUGAUCCAACUACCAUUUUAGCAUUUGUGCUUUUACUUUUCUCUUUCGUAUGGAUAACAAAAUACUUGCAGAAAAACACAGCCAAGAAUAGAGGACCCCCAGAAGCCGCCGGUGCAUGGCCAAUACUCGGCCACCUUCCCCUCUUAGGAGGACCUCAACCGCCCCACGUAAUCCUAGGGAACAUGGCUGACAAGUACGGACCGGUCUUCACUAUCAAGCUUGGGGUGCACCGAGCUCUUAUUGUAAGCAGUUGGGAUGUGGCUAAAGAGUGUCUCACCACUAAUGAUAAAGCUUUUGCCAACCGCCCGAAAGCUUUAUGCCCAGAGAUUAUGGGGUACGACUAUGCCAUGUUCGGUUUUAGCCCUUACGGACCUUACUGGCGCCAGGUGCGAAAGAUAGCCACGCUGCACAUCCUCUCCAACCACAAGUUGGAGUUGCUCAAGCACGUCCUUGAAUCGGAGGUGAAGGUGUCUACCAAACAUAUAUUUGAUAUGUGGGAGCGAAACAAAGGUGUCUCAAAUAAGGUGCUGGUGGACAUGAAGAGGUGGUUUGGAGACUUAACUUUAAAUGUCAUGUUCAGGAUGGUUGUUGGAAAGCGAUUUUUUGUGGCUAACUCAGCGCAAGAGAAUGAAGAGAAUGAGAGAUAUCGAAAGGCGUUGAGGGAAUUUUCUAGAUUGGGUGGUGAAUUUGUAAUCUCAGAUGCAGUUCCAUAUCUUAGGUUGUUGGACUUGGGAGGUUAUGAGAAAGCCAUGAAGAAGACGGCUAAAGAACUGGAUGGUGCGCUUCAAAAAUGGUUAGAAGAGCAUCAGCACAAGAGACGUACUAAUUAUCUGCAACAUGAUUGUGAGCAUGAUUUCAUGGAUAUGAUGCUUACUGUCCUUGAUGAUGAUAGUACAGAAGAGUUUGCUGGUUCAAUUACUGCGGAUACAAUUAUCAAAGCCACAUGCCUGGCGGUUCUUCUUGGGGGGACAGAUACCACAACAGUGACAUUAACUUGGGCUGUUUCUUUAUUACUCAACAAUCCUGAAGUCCUGAAGAAGGCUCAACUUGAGUUAGACAAUCAUGUUGGUAGGGAAAGGCAAGUGAAUGAAUCAGAUGUGAAGAACCUAGCCUAUCUCCAAGCCAUUGUCAAGGAAACCUUGCGGCUAUACCCUGCUGGACCUCUCUCAGUACCACAUGAAUCCAGAGAAGACUGCACAAUAGGUAACUAUCAUGUAAGCUCAGGCACGCGUCUUCUUAUCAACCUUUCGAAGAUUCAUCGCGAUCCAAAUGUCUGGUUCGACCCUUGUCUAUUCCAACCAGAAAGGUUUCUUACAACUCACAAGAAUGUUGAUGUUAGGGGCCAGAGUUUUGAAUUGACACCAUUUGGAAGUGGUAGACGAGUAUGUCCAGGAAUCUCUCUCGCACUUCAAAUUACUCAACUUGCACUGGCUCAUUUGCUACAUGGGUUUGAAAUUACAACUUCAUCUGAUGAACCAGUUGAUAUGGGUGAGAGUUUGGGAAUAGCAAACAUGAAGACCACCCCAUUGGAGGUCCUUCUCACCCCACGCCUACAUCCUAAACUUUAUGAAAAUGUUGACUAGAUGAUAUGUAUGUUCUUGAAUGUUUAGAAUUCUACUACGUACCAUAUGUCUCUGUCAAGACUGAAGCGCAUGCGCAUCAUAUAUUGUAAUUUUUAAGUUAUCUUAAGGAUUUAUAUGCUGCGAUAAAAUCUCAUAGUUUGUACUUUGUAUUAUUUGACAAUAAAUCUUAUGAACUUUUAACUUUCAA